AUGGACGAGGCGACCGCGUGCGGAAAACGAGUAGCACACGUCUAUAGCACGACUGGCCUGAUCGGUCACGGAGGAUACGGCGAGAUUUACUACGCCGUGGAUAUAAGAAGUGCAGAAGAGGUGGCUAUAAAAGUGGAGCCGAAAAAGAGGAAAGGUCGUACCGUCAAACGAAUGAUUUUAGAGCAGAAGGUUCUUCUCCGAUUACAAGGCAGACCCCACAUACCCAAAAUGAUUGCCUCUGGUCAUGAUCAUAAAAUCAAUUUCAUCGUUAUGCAAUUACUCAGUGUUAAUAUUGGAGAUUUGAAAAAAGCCAGUCCAGUCAAAAGACUUGGCAGAAGCACUGUUGGGCGGAUUAUGCAGCAAGCAAUAGCUGCCCUACGAGAUGUUCAUUUGGGUGGUUAUAUUCAUCGGGAUGUGAAACCAGCUAACAUGUGUUUCGGAAUCACUCCUCAGACUCGUCAUAUACUCGUAAUAGUUGACUUUGGACUUGUGCGACGAUACAAAAAUCUAGAUGGUACCACACGUCCUCUGAGAGCGAGAGCAGGAUUCCGAGGAACGGUACGUUAUGUCUCGAUUCGAGUACAUGAACGCAUCGAUCAAGGUCCUGCAGAUGAUCUCGUGUCUCUCGUAUACUCUGGUCUUGAACUGCUUGUUGGCGACUUACCGUGGAAGUAUAUCGUGAAAGGCGAUGACGUCAAACAAGCUAAACUCGAAUUGCAAGGUGCACCUCAAACUUCAUUCCUUUCAUUGACAAGCGAACCGUUUCAAGAAUUCGCUCGAGCGGUGUUCAGCCUGAAUACUGAGGAAGAACCAAACUAUGCUGCACUGCAAGCUUUGCUUACGGAAAUGGUUGGUGAUCGAAAGAUGAGCGAUCCUUAUGACUGGGAGAUGAAUUAUCGCGAGGCCAUCGAAGGUGUGCGAGUGUACCCUUUCGGAUUCGAACAAAAGUGCAAGCCUCGACAUCGAUGUGCAGGAAUGAUCGAGGAAGCUGUUUAA